CGCCCAGUGUCACCGAAAAUCUCAGACACCGAAUAUUUCAUAACACCGGCCGUCCUGGAAUACCGGCCGUUCUGUGAUUCUCCAGAUCACACAGAUGGCCAGUCCGCCCCUGACACUAGGCUAGGUUUGUGUUCAAACAGAUUUAUACAGACCUCAUAAAGAUAGCUGGUUUAUUUAUGAAACAGCAAUGCAAGUGAAGAAACUCAGGAGCAAGGGUCAAUUCAGAGGAACUGAAGGUGGGGUUCUCUCCAGACACCCUUGGCUCGGGAACAGCAGAUGCGACAACUCAACAGGUCUCUCCGGUCAGCAGCAGGAGAGGAGCAAAGAUGAAGGUGUUAAUGUAUUAUAGAGGUUCCUAUAUGACAGCUGUCACAUGUGUGAUCAUAAUAUGCAUGGUCCUGGUGUUCCAAACCCCCAUGGAUGAGUUCUCAGAAGGCAGAUGUGCUUGUAAAGACUGUGUCAGAGAGCAGACUCACAGUGCUUGGUUCAAUGAACUCUAUGAUCUCUCUAUUCAACCACUGCUCACCAGGGAAAAUUAUAUGCUCAGUGGAGAUAUCUACAAGUAUUGGAAGGGCCUUCAGAAAAAUAAGAAGGAAAGCAACUACACAGUAGUGGUGGAGAAGAUGUUUUCUCUCUUCCCAGAUAAAACACAGUACUUAGAUGCUAGUCCAAAACGCUGCCGGACUUGUGCUGUGGUCGGAAACUCAGGAAACCUUAACGGAUCCCGUUAUGGACAUCUCAUAGAUCUUCAUGACAUUGUCAUUAGGAUAAAUAUGGGCCCAACAAAAAGUUAUGAGAAGGAUGUGGGUUCUAAGACCACUCACCGGUUCAUCUAUCCUGAAAGUGCUGUAGAUGUGGAAAACUCAACUUAUCUGGUGCUUUCCCCAUUCAAGAUUCUGGAUAUGGAGUGGCUCAUCAGUGCCUUCACCACUAAGAACAUCACACGCACUUACAAAAAUGUAAGGCCGAGUAUAAAUGCCAACAGACAUAAGGUGAUGAUUCUACAUCCUGCUUUCAUUAAGUAUGUCCAUGAGAUAUGGUUGCUGAAACGUGGCAAAUAUCCAUCGACUGGCUUCCUCGCUAUUAUAUUUGCCCUGCACAUCUGUGACCAGGUUUCUACAUUUGGGUUUGGUGCUGAUCAGUAUGGAAACUGGUACCAUUACUUUGAGAAAACCUCACGUAACCUCCGUACUGGUGCUCAUAGUGGCAGCUUUGAGUUCGACACCAUGAUGCAACUGUACUUGGAAAACAAAAUUCAGGUGUUCAGAGGGAAAUAAUUUGAGGCAAAUGUUUCUUUCUAUGUUUUUACAAAUGGCUCGAAGGCAAAGAAAAAUUUACUGUUGUUGUGCAAAUAUACUGUAUAAUACUUGUUCCCACAGCAUGCAGGCCCUAAGGGAAUUUCAACAAAACAUCUUGAAACUGCUUUUGGUUGCUUCUAGUGAAACUGUGAUAGCACUGAUUUAGAAGAUUUGAGUGUUAUCAUUGGUACAUUAUGACCUAUUGAAGACCUAUUAAGAUAAUGUAAAUCAUGCAAGUCUUGAUGGAUCUUCAUGAAUGUACAGCACAAAAACAGUACAUUUUUCUUAUUCAAAGGUUUCCUAGCAGGAGGAUUUGUGGUUGGUAUGACAGUGAUAUAUGUGCUUUCAUAAUGCAGUUUGCCUUUGUGCCAUUUGUAAAAGCAAAUCAUUUGUAAAAUCAAGUCUUGAUGGAUCUUCAUGAAUGUACAGCACAACAAUGUGCCAUGUUUCGAUUAAUAUGUUAAUGAAAAUUGUGCCAAAUUAUGGUUAUAGCUUGUGUUUUAUAUAUUUACAUUUACAUUUAUUCAUUUGGCAGACGCUUUUAUUCAAAGCGACUUACAAGUGAGGAAUAUAACAAGCGAGUCGUCAUGACGAGGCAAAUAGACACAAGAAGUACUCUCACAAUACAAGUUUUGUGAGAGCAAAACUUUCCUUCACACACAUUGUAUGUGAAGGAAAGUAAAGAAGUCAAGAUGUUAAAGGAUUAGUCCACUUUUAAAUA